AUAAUUUCUCUACAACUGAUUGUAUCGAGGGACAAGAAUAACCUUCGAAACUAAUUUGGGUUCAAGGAGAUGCUACACAUCCUUCCAGGGUUGUCACGAGCAUGUUCAUGAGAGAGCCGUGGAGAAUUUCAGAGAACUACAAAUUAUAAGAACAAGCGCCAUGUGAGACGCGAGAAAUGGACACUUGUUUGGAAAAUGAUUCGCAUUCUAACAAUGGCCUUAAUAAAGAGGAGCCAAUGUUAAAUGAUGGUUUGAGUAAUUACAAUCAUAAUGUUAAUAACCAUCGCCGCACCAGCAGCACAGAGAAUGCAGCGUUAAGGCCGCAUACUGGUGGUGAUGUUCGAUGGGAGGCCAUCAACUCAAUUUCAUCUAGAGAGCCUCUUUCUAUUAGCCACUUUAGACUCUUGAAGCGGCUUGGCUUUGGAGACAUUGGAAGCGUCUAUCUUGCUGAGCUGAGAGGAACCAAUGCCUUCUUUGCGAUGAAAGUCAUGGACAAGGAAUCUAUUGCAAGCAGGAAUAAACUGGUCCGGACACAAACAGAAAGGGAGAUUCUUGGUCUUUUAGACCAUCCAUUCUUGCCAACUUUAUAUUCAUACUUUGAGACUGAUAAAUAUUAUUGCUUGGUCAUGGAGUUCUGUAGUGGAGGUAAUCUUUAUAGCCUUCGACAGAAGCAGCCUCACAAGUACUUUACAGAAGAAGCUGCACGAUUUUUUGCAUCUGAGGUACUAUUGGCAAUUGAGUAUCUGCAUAUGUUAGGAAUAGUUUACAGAGAUCUGAAGCCGGAAAAUGUGCUAGUAAGAGAACAAGGCCAUAUUAUGCUAUCUGAUUUUGAUCUAUCUCUCCGGUGUUCUGUGAAUCCUACACUUGUCAAGUCGUCCUCGACUCAUAUGAACAGCGGUAAUGCAAGUGCUGCAGGUAUUUUAGAAAAUGAGAAUGUAACACAUGGUGCCCACCCAUCAAGUUUCUUUCCACGCAUACUUCCUUCAAAAAAGAGUCGAAAGUCCAAAUCAGACUUUGGCCUCUUUGUGGGAGGAGCAUUGCCAGAACUAAUGGCGGAGCCAACAAAUGUGCGCUCAAUGUCAUUUGUUGGCACUCAUGAAUAUCUAGCUCCUGAAAUUAUUCGCGGAGAGGGUCAUGGUAGUGCAGUGGACUGGUGGACUUUUGGUAUAUUUUUGUACGAGCUUUUGCAUGGAAUGACACCUUUCAAGGGAUCUGGUAAUCGUGCCACACUUUUUAACGUUGUAGGACAACCACUGAAAUUCCCAGAGCAUCCACAUGUAAGCUCUGCAGCUCGUGAUCUUAUACGUGGUUUACUGGUGAAGGAACCACAUAAAAGAAUUGCGUAUAAAAGGGGUGCUACAGAAAUCAAACAACAUCCAUUCUUCGAGGGAACAAACUGGGCUCUAGUAAGGAGCGCAACACCACCCCACAUACCUGAUCCUGUGGACUUUACGCAGUAUGCUUGUAAAGAUGCAGCUCCACUAGAUAAAAAAGUGCAGGAUGUUAUACAAGAUAAGAACAGUGCAAAUCAUGAUGAUCCUCCUUAUGUUGAAUUUGAGUAUUUUUAGGAGUUGCAUUGUCAUUGAAAGAUGCAUUAGAUGAUAUUGUAAAAUUCUUCAUUUGUUAAAAUUGUAGUUGGCAGAAAACUG